AUGUCGACAUCGGGCAGGCCGGCGGCCGCCAUGGCUGGCGCGGGCGCGACUGCGCGGGCGCGCAUCCGUCAUUGGCCGCCCUCGUCACGUGGCGCCGCCGCCGCCCGCAGCCCGCCCGCCGUAAACGUGAGAUUGCGUGUUUACGCGUACUCUUGUGGGAAUAUAAAAACUACUGCUUUACGUGUUUUAUUUUGUUUUGAUUUGAGACGCCAAUUA